UGGAGUCGGAUGUUAGGGUUUGAAUUUUUGGGUCAGUUUGAAUAGAGAAUUCGACGGAGAAAGGGGCCUUUGGAAGUACGGAAACGGGAGCGAUCCAUAAAAGUGGGCAGUGAACUUUAAGGGAUAUUUCUACCCCGUCUAUAGAACCGGAAGUCAGGUUUGCAUGAUUUGAGCUUUCAGAAUGAAUCACACCGGCCAGUUGUCUGAGAGCUUGCCCUGCAUGCUCUGCGGCCGGAAGGAUGACUGUCCCGAAAAGUAUGGUGACAAAAAGACUUACCCUGAACACGGCCUGACUUUGCAUUACAACUGUCUACUGCUAUCCAGUGGUGUAUGGCAAAGAGGAGAAGAGAAUGAGGGGAUAAAUGGCUUUCUGGUCGACGACAUUAAGAAAGAAGUACAGAGAUCCAGGAAGUUGAGAUGCGCCAUAUGUAAGUACCGGGGAGCUUCCAUUGGCUGCGUGAUUCCACGAUGUAAACGCAGCUAUCACUACCCUUGCGGGAUGGAGAAAGAGUGCAUCUUCCAGUUCACUGAUAGCUUCAGGUCAUACUGUUGGGACCAUCGGCCUGUUCAAAAAAUCCUUCCUUCUAAAAUGGUCGGGUCCUCCACUUGCACCAUAUGCCUGGAAAAUGUUGACCACGUUCCUUCAUUUUAUGUCUUGCGUGGACCAUGCUGCAAAACCUCAUGGUUUCACAGAGAUUGCCUGCAGUACCAGGCGCUGAGCGCUGGAUUGUAUUUCUUUCGCUGCACUGUGUGUAACAAUAGAGAGAAGUUUCAGAGUGAAAUGCUGCGGAUGGGUAUCCAUAUUCCUGAAAGAGAUGCAUCGUGGGAGUUGGAGGAAAAUGCGUUCCAGGAGCUCCUGGAGCGAUAUCAGCGUUGUGACGUGAAAAGGUGUAUUUGUCAGAGUGGACGGGAUUAUAACAAACCAGACAGCAAGUGGGAAAUUGUGCGGUGCCAGUCGUGUGGGUCCAGUGGCACGCACAAGGCCUGCUCCUCUCUGCAGCAGCUCAACCAGACCUGGGAAUGUUCCGAAUGUCAGAACAUCGUCUGCACUCCUGGGAAGCGAUCACGUCCGUCUCUGACCGCUUCAGACUGUCUUGGUAUUGCAAUGGAACAGUCUCCAAAAUGCCCCAGGCUGUCCACGACCCCCAGGAGCAAACGCAUACCAAAACAAAUCCUUCAGCGGGACAGACCCAUCUCUGACAUCCUGCAGGAGUUAAGACUCCAGGUUAACAAGAAUUCUGUCUGUUCGCUGCUCGUGCAAAGGAAGUCCCUGUGGAACAGUUCUCUCAAGUGCUUUGUCAAGAACAACUUCUCCCCUUCCAGUACCCUGCGUGUAAAAUUCACAGAGUACAGCCUGAGAAAAGCGAGCAACCAGGCCAACAUCUCCCUAUCGGAGUAUUUCGGGCUCUUACUUGAUGCAAUGCAGAACUCUACGCUCUUUGAGGGAUCUGACCGAAAAACCAUUUCCAUGGAUCUGGAUGCCCUAAAUGAAAACUUCUACUACGAGGCUGGUCGAAUGGUGGCGGUUGCGCUGGUUCACGGUGGACCAGCCCCUGGGUUUUUCUCCCCGACACUCUUCUACUGCCUCGUUUAUGAUCCUCUGCACGUGCAGCCGGUGUUAGACGACGUGGCAGACUCCAAUGUGUUGCAGGCAAUACGAAUGAUCCAGUCUUGUCAUAAGAUCCAAACGCUGAAGUCUACAGUCAACCAUUACUUAGAUUACCUUCAAAAUACCGGAAGCCUGUGCCUUGUGCAGACUCUGAGCGACAAGCUCUUGCUGGUCAAGGACAUGUUGUCUUAUCAUGUAAUACGUAGAGUGCUGAAACCCCUGCAAAGCUUCAAAGAAGGCCUAAAGACUCUAGGGGUUCUGGAGAAAAUACAGGCCCAUCCUACCACAUUUUGGAGCAUUCUGUGUUUAAAGCCAGAGAAGCUGACGGCCAAAGCGAUGGCUGAACUAUUCACGGUUACGUAUCGUGCAAACUCCCAGGCCGGUCAGCAAUGUGACGCAGCUAGCUUCUGGGCUGAAUACCUGGAAGACACGGAAGAAGGAUCGACUGCCGUUUCCCUGGAGAACAUUCUUCGAUUUGCAACCGGUGUAGACUCCAUCCCACCAGCUGGUUUCGAUCCUCCGCCUUCUAUUCAGUUCCAUCACAAUGUUAUUCCCAUGGCAAACAGAAACCGUAAUAGUUUGAAGCUUCCGAUGACUUCCAGCUACAGGGAAUUUAGACAAUUGUUGGACACGACGAUAUACGACUCCUCGAAAAGCACGUAGCUUGACCGCCUUCUCUGCGAUUCUUAUUGGGUUUCUCAAACUCAUAGGCAACGUUACAAAAAAAACCCCACAAAUGCUGCUGUUUUGCUUUCCAGCUUCUGCCAGACCAUUGGAGGUUAAUGGAGGACUACUAAAAAAAAAAAAAAA